UGACGUCGUGAGCGGCGGCCAUGUUGUUUGCUCUGUUCUCUGUAAAUCGGUGAGUUUUUCCCAGUAUGUCUGAAGGAAUAAUUACAAAACGAAGAAGGACAGUUGCGGAAUGUCUUUUUGGACUUUCUUUAUAAGACUGGGACAAUGUCGGUGCUGUUCGAUCCACAUGAAGUCGGUAUAAAUGGUCAGUCGAAUUUGCGAAAAGGUGCAAGACCGCCUCGAAGGAAAGAAGAUGAUUUGCUUGUGUUCGGUUAUGCGUGCAAGUUGUUCGAGAACAAUCAAACGGCUGCUUCUUUUGAUGAAGAAAAGAGCCUGAUACCGUGGAUGGGCGACGAAUCCCUUCUGAUCGACAGGUCUGUUUGAUAUGAAACUUUGUUUGGUUAAGAUUAAUAAAACUUCGUUCUUGACUUUGAAAUCACGUUUCAUGAUUAUUUGUGAACGUUGUUAUUGUGAGAUGAGGAAUAUUCCUCGAUUUAUUUCAGAAGAAACUGUUCAUCGAGGAUUUGCACUUAAAGGGUAAUGGAGGUAAAUCAGUGAUCUAUUUUCCCAGAUAAAAACUUUUCGAUUUGAGCUUACCAUUUUUGUGCUACAAAUACAGAGUCUUGACAGAAUCGAAGGGUAUUGUAUGAAAAAUUCUUAGAAAUGCAAUUUUUUACAUUAACUGCGUCGAUCAAAAAAUUUAAACCCUUCGGAUCAUUGAUAGCAAGUGAUGAGGAACUUCAAUGCAUCACGGUAAGUUUUCUGUCAGAGGAGAAGUACAAUGUAAGUAAUAAAUGGUGGUAAGUACUUUGGUGAAUUUAAAAAUAUUGUAGUGUACAUUGUUUAUCAUUGGUGAUCUGAGAAUUACACCUUGUGAUAAAGAUGUAUGCAGGUUCUAUGAAUACCCUGUUGCUUGAGAAUUUUGCUGGAUUUGUAUUCUGCAGAUUGGCAAAACAUUUUUGUGGUGUAGGAAUGCAAGCUCUAGAUGUUGGUCAAACUUGAAGGCUUCAGACCAUUUCAGAGAUCAAAUAUGAGAGACGGGACUUAGAUUUAUAAAUUAAGUCAUUGACACAUCAAUAAGCAUACAUGUUGCUGCAUGGGUACAGUAAUGGCUCUCCACUCAUUAGUUUCCCCAUGGCUUAAUUCCAGGUAUGAUGCACGUCUGUUGUUUACAGACAAGGCUCAGUUUGUCUCCAAACCAUCUCAAACACCUCCUGUCCUUUCACCAGAAGAAGAGGAGAUGGAAAGACGUUUUGAUGAAGAAAGGUAUUUGGACCUCCAUCAUGACACACAGGAGUAUGAAUUACAGCAAGGUAAGCUGUAAUAGGAAGGUUAUGUUUUGUAUGAAACUGAUUUUUCUUAUUUGAAAUAAAUGAUUUACUCCUAGAUAUUUUGCAGUGUGUACAUGGUUAUCAAUGUAUGAAAUAGUUGUAUGUCAGCCCACUGAAUCAUUAAUUAGGAUAUUUUUAUCCUGACUUGAAAAAGUUUUUGUCAGACCUUUGAUUUAGCAUAUGACAGAUCUCAUAGUUUGGGUUUUUUCCUAAUCUUUCUUGGUGAGAUGACUUCAUAACAAAAUAGUAAAAUCCUGUCAUUAACUAUUAAUAUAUGAUAGAUUAAAAGUAAUGUGGAAAAGUGGUGAAUUUUAGAAUGAAUCUUUUGUACUGUAGAAGUCAUCUUACACAUGAUGAUUUUUAUCUUUACUUAUAAAUUAAAUGUAUCUUAUAACUGAUACACUCAUUUUUUUCCUAUUUCCAAAGAGGAGGAAAUGAAACGUUUCCAGCAAGCCCUUAGUGAAGAUGGUGCUUACAAUUCAGUGGCUUUCAGUUAUGACUAUAGUGCACCAGAAAACAGCUUCCACUAUCCACAAAGUGUUUCAAGUUAUGAAACGACUUCAAGAGAAGGUUUGUACAUAACUGAACGUUUUUUCGUAUGCUGGUUAUUUGCAGGGUAUGAUUGUAAAUACAAAAGAACUUUUCAAAGCAUCUUACUUUUAUGUAUGUAUUUUCGUCACAUGACUGGCAUUUAACUCUUUAGACCUGAAGAGUGACCAGCAUCAAAAUUCUCCCUACAAUAUCACCCCUGAAUCACAUGUUAAGGUCAUGAGAAGAAAGGAAAUGAUCACAAACGAAAGAAGCUUUUGAUUGGUAAACAAAUUCUCCUUGUCAGCAUCUUAGGGAAUGUAUAAAGAGCAGUAUGGAGAAUAUGCUUACUGGUUUUAGGGUGUAAAGGGUUAAAAUAUCUACAAUAAGCAGAAAUGCUCAGAGAUGAGGGUUCCCAAGUGCAAGCAAAAAACUUUUCUAGAUUUUCAUUUUUCAGAACAUGUAUGGUGUACAAUGCAUUUAAAAUUAAUUUUAGUAUCCAAAUUGUUUCAAAAUACCUCAGUCUGCUUUGUGUUUUGUGGUUGUAGAUGUAACAAAGUCUCUAGAAAUGAAUAGGUCAUUGAUUUACCACAACACUAUUGCAUAAGCUGAGCUAGAAACUUCUCCAUAUUCUGGAACAUUCUAUAGAGUUAUUUUAAAGAUAUGUCAUCAUUAGCAUCUAGAAUGUUCCUGCUUCUAAAAAUAGUGUUUCGGAAAUGAGUAUGAUGUAAUUGGCCACUAUAAAUAAGGUUCGAGAUCAUAAGGUUUUCAGAAGAUUAAGAUAAGUGUUUAAAAGGAAAACAAGAAUCAUCUCCUGGCUUCGUGACAGGGAAACAAAGGAGAAAAAAUUCAAACUACUUACAUAAUCAGUUGAUGAGCUUGUUUGAAAAUAAUGCCUGAAAUCUGCCAUCAUUUGUUGAUCGCAGUUUAUUUUGUUAUUCUACAGGAACCCUUUUAUACCAAGCAAGACAAGCUAACUCUUCUGUAGCACAGAGUGCACGAGAAGAAAUGGUAUCACCUUCUCCUAAACUACCUCAGCCACAUCCAGUUCAACAACCAGAGCCUUUUGUUCCUCCAGAAGAUCUGGAAAUACCUUCAGAUAUGGAGAUUGUAAGUGUCAAGGGCAAACAAGAGAAGGUUGUUAUUUAAUUGCCCUCAUUAUUCUUUUGUUGUUUUCUUAUGAUGUGUGUGAUUUCUAUUUCAGGAAGUUUUAUUUGCAGCAGCUUUUGUUUUCCUUGAUUUUCUAGUUUAUAGAAAACCAUGGUUAAAUUCAGUGAUGAGGUAGUCUUAUACUUUCAUGUAAUACUCAUUACAGCAAGUUUUUGGAGAUAAGAAAAGAAUCUCUGAUGUACAAUACAUCUUUUAAUGAUAAAUCACCAAUUGAAUAUGGUAAUACAGUCACUAGACUUAUAAUGUUGCAAGUCAUUGUAUAAGAUUAUGACAACAAUGGAAUGAAAACAAUGGAACUGGCUGAUUUGCUUAAUCUUUUAAUGGAAAGAUAUAUCCAGUGCGAAUUAGGGAGUCAUUCUAAAUUGCACCAGACUGUACUACAAACUUUUAUUUAUUUAAUGUGACAACUACACUUGAGGUCAAAUAUUUUUAAAACAAUCAGCCAAAAAAGUAUGAUUUUUAUAGGAGAGUACUUGCUGAUUUUAGCAACACAAUUUGCAAACUUUUCAAGAAUGUUGAAAUUUUUUAAAAGUAUUUCUUGGUUCUCUUACUUUUUUUCAUUAGGAUUCCUUUUUAAAAUUAAAUUAUAUACUUCAUAUGUGUUGAGUAGACAAACACAAACUGACAAGCAACAGCAUUGGUGUAAAAUUCUUUGCAAUUGUUGGCCAAAAUUAAAUGGAUCUUAAAAAAAACAACAAAAAAAGGUACAUACAGAGAAAUUAUUUUGUUCUCUUAUCAGGGAAAGGUAUGCUUGUAUGUAUCCACAGUGUACUCUGUAGCUCUGUAGUAAAAGGAAAAAAAGUAUGCCUGGCUUUACUAACAUGUCCAGACAGUUUGUUUCUUCAGUAGGAAUUCAUCUACAAACAGUAAGAGAUGAUCAUGAAUGGCAGAGACUUCAAAUGCAAAUGUAAUCAUAUGGACAAGUGUUUUUUCCAAUUUCUGUGUGGAAUAUGCAACAGCUUUACAAUGAUGUCUUUAAUGGUUUUUGUCUGACUCAAAUGAAAUUUAAUGGCAAAUGGAAAUGUUGUGGUUUAAAUAUGCUUUUUUGGUCAAAGGCUUUUUAACCAGUUGGAUAGGGGAACAAGAAACAUUGGGCUUAGGAAGCACACAUUUUGACUAGAAGUUCCAUUAAUCUUAUAAUUGCAUUGUACUUUGGUCUUAAUAAUGUGAUUUUUUAACCUGGGAAAAAAAGAAAAAAUGCCAAUUGGUUGAAAAAAACUGAAAUCACAAGACUGAUUAAACCAAAAAAGCCUUACUAGGCAUAUGUGCUGCUAUUGCGAAUGCUCUACAGGUUUGGUGAGUUGUAUAGUUACUAAGUGGAAAGAUUCCUAAAGUGAUCAAUCUUAUCACCAAAAAUACAAACCAUGUCAAGUUUCCACAAAGCCUGGUUAUUGAGAAUCCUAUACUCAAAUGGAGCUAAGCUCUAAAAUCCCUGUAAACUCACAUGUGAAAUUGUAUUUUCUGUGAUCACAAUAUUGUUUUUUAUUAACUUACUUUAAUAUGAUCAUGCAGCUUUUAUUCUGUUCUCUUCUGAAGACUAAAAUAAUAUCUGAGAUGGGUUAUAAUUGGAUUUUUAUGUCCUCUCCUACUAGCCUGAGACAGCCAAAAUGCAAGCCAUUAUUGAAAGGACUGCUGUGUUUGUUGCUAAACAAGGGAAACAAAUGGAAAUCUUGGUCAAAGCCAAGCAGUCUGGAAACCCUCAAUUUGACUUUUUGCUCAUUGACAACUGGUUGAACCCAUACUAUCAGCAUGUUCUUAAGUAUAUCAUGGAGGGAAAGUAUAACCCAGUCAUACCAAAGCAGCCAUCGCCUGAACCUCAGCCAGAGGCUCAAGAAAGUGAGAGUGAGGAUGAAUCUGAUGGAGAGUAUGAACUGCAUCCAUUGUUAGCUGCGUCGCUUCACAAGAAGGUUACAAGACCAAGAUCACAGCCAUCAUCAGCAUCAUCAUCUCCAUUGCCAGACACUCUUGGCAACAAGUUUAGUAGGACAUUUGCUCCAGUGGCAAUAGGUUCGUCAUCAGUUUCUGUAACACAGGAUAAUGGCAGUACUCAUGACUUGCAGAAUUACAGUGAGACUGAUGAGUCAUAUGAUUACAGCAUGUGGUAUUCACAAGGUUUGUAUAUUAAAAUUUUCAUUUAAAUUCACUGUGUGGACAUAAACUUUUGACCUUUUGACUCCCAGGGGUGACAUAAUUGAAUUCUCCUACCAAUUUUUCCUAAGUGUCAGGCAGGUUGAUUACAAGAAUUUAUAAAAUUAUCAACUACAUUCUUUUGGAGUUUUAUCUUUCUCUAAAAUACCUAAUUCACAGAAAUAUCCAACAACAAAAAAAAAAUACCUGUCAUCAGUUUGAGAAUCUUAAGAGUGAUCCUUACUUACUAAAGUAAGAACCGGUGUUCCUUAGUGAGUUUUUUCAAGACAGCUGCUUUGCAGAGAAAUUAUGAAGUGAAUUAUAAAACGUUUUAGAGUAAUAUACAUUUCAAAAUGGUUUAAAAAAUUUUUAUUUCAGAAGGUAUGUAUGCACAGUAUGGAUCAACUAGUGGCUAUACCUACCUUCCUCCUGUGACACCAGUCUUGUCUGUAGCAGAUAUGAUUCCACCUCCUCCCCCACCCCCAGGGGAAGGUCCAUUAGAGGGUAUGUUACUUGUCUCUUGCGAAGUUCAGUGUUGUUUAAAUGUAAUACCAAUGUAAUACCAAUGUAAUCAGCCAUGCUACAUGAAAUUGAUUCAGAUGCUGUACUUCACAUUUAAUUUUACUUAAUAACUAAUUGAAUUCAAUUCAGUCUGUGCAAAGUCAAAAGGGCCUAAAUGAACAAAACAUAUUCUUGUAUGGAUUGUUUUUCUAUCCUUGACAUAAAUGUUUUUACUCCCUUUUUUUGAACUGUUGUUGCUUGCAGAAGAGUGGUUGGAUUCUACAUCUUCUGCACCUCCUUUACCUCCCCCUCCCCCACCUCCAGCCCCUCCAGGUAUCUUUGUUCCCAGCAGUGUUGAAAUGUCCGGGCCAGUGGCACCUCCUCCCCCUCCUCCUGGAGUCUCCACAGUAGCUCUGGUCUCAGAGCAGAUCAUACCUCCACCUCCCGAUCUUCAACCCAUUGUGGAUAAGCUAGCAAAUUAUGUUGCCAAGAAUGGUCCAGAUUUUGAAGAAAUUAUCAAAGCUAAGAAUGAUCCUCGCUUUGAGUUCUUGAACCCCUGGAACUCCCAUUACAGUUAUUUUCAGCUCAAAAAGCAACAGGCUGUUGAAGCUGCUCGACAACAAAGAGAAACAGGUUUGUGUCACCAUGCUAAGUAACAGAGGAACAAGUAAAUUACCAAGUAUGCAUGUUUGGUAGCUGUUAUGAACACUGUUUGUUUGGUUUUUUUUUCCUUUUGUUAAACACUACACUCUCACAAUCUCUCUCUCUACCAAGGAGUACAAAUGGAUACCAGUAAUCUUUCAGGGAAAUCUUUUGAAAUAAUUAUUCAAGUUUUAGUUGCAUGAAUUUCAUCAGCUCUUCCUGAAAGUGUGGGGAUACCUAUUUACACUCCUGGUUAGAUAUAGGUAAUGUGAGAGUAAAGUGUCGUAAAAACACAAUACACCACCUCACUGAGGGCUUGAACCUGGACCUUUUAACCCUUUACACUUGAAAAUCAGUAUUCAUCUUCUCAAUAUUCUUCUCUAUUCAUUUCCUGUGGAGCGGACAUGGAGAAUUCGUUUAACAAUCAAAGCUUUUUAGGUCGGCCAUCAUCGCAUUUCUUUUCGUGAUCUUAAUGAGUGAUUCAGCUGGAGGAGCAGAUAGAUACUGAUCACUCCUUGGCUGUAAGGGGUUAAUACAGAGUGAAGCACUAGUCCAUGAGGUGAACAUGUUGCCCAUGAAGAACCCGAUGAAAUACUUAGGGAUUAUAAUGGACAAAUAUCCUAUUCAGGAGGUUAAGUGGUACUCCUAGUUGCUUUAUCCUUGAAAACCGGACAGCACCACAAUAAACACCGAGCCAGAGUCUAGUGCUACAUAAUACAUCUUAAAUUACUAAGUUAAAAUCCUUUGAAUUGAUUCUUAAUUAACACUGUUCUGUUUAUCGAUUGCAGAAAAUGACAAAAGUCGAGUUGAGGUCCCUAAAGGGCCUAUUAGUUUCUCAAUCAAGGCCAAGGAUGUGAAGAAACCCAAAAUAGAGUACAGGACAAGUGUUAUAUACAAACAGAGCUAUGAACAAGGACAGAGUGAUGAGGAUGCUGAUGAUGCAGAAACAGAGACCGACACUAAGGAGAUAUCACAAGCCAGCGGAGAAAAGGAGGAUGUAAACAAACUGUCAGAGUCAAGCUUUAGUCGAGACACCAGUCAGCAAUCUACAGAGGACUUGAACCAACAAAUGGAUUCUAUUAAGGCGGCGGAGAGAAUUGGUACGUAUUUGCUUAUUAAUUUUAUGGUGGAUGAGGUUGAUGCUUUGGUUUCAACAAUGUUAGCAAGAUCGUAAUCUGGUGGACUUUUGCCUUCGAUAUGUGGCCCAAGCUCACAGCACGUGGGUCGCUAAUCGGUUGAAAAAAAAAGGAGGCCAUGAUCAGUAACGUACAGAGCGGACCAAGAAAACGAGUAUAGUGAGGUACUUACUAUAUCUCUCUGAUGGGUUUGGGAAGCAAUUUCUGGUCAUGCCGAGCGCUUUCAAAUGACUGACGCAUGUCUGAAGCAAAGCAACUCAGUUCGAAAAGGUUGUUCAGUCGUCAGCAUGUUCCAACACAUUUUGAGAAACAGGAUUUAUUCAUUUACCCACGAAGGUUAAGAACAAUGGGCGAUUAAUAGCAAGAGAUUUUGGCAAAGGAAGGAGCUUUGGAUUUAAGUAUGCAGCAGGGUAUAACCCACUAAAUUGAUCAAGCAGGUACGUAAUAAUAGAAGGAUAUAACAAUUUGCUCUCGUUACAGCUCAGCAUUUGGAAUCCGAAUCACGUGACAAACAGCUUCAACUUGAGAGAAGACGAAAGGCAUCACUUUUCAUCAGCAUGCUGAAGAAGACAAAUCCCGGUGAUGAACUGGAAGCAAACGAGUAAGUGUCCUCGUCGCCGUUAACCUCUGGACUUCAGUGAUUCAUUAAUUCGAGGCGUGAUACGUGUGUUUACAUCAAAAUGUUGAGUAAUGUGUUCUUGGACAUUCAACCUCGGGACAGUUAUCCGAAGCUUUGGGCAUCAAGGUGGUUGGAUUGUAUUUGCUUCCACACCCUUUCCAUGGCUGUAAAUAGGGCUCACAGAGUUGAUUAACUUCCAUUCAUCCUGUCGGGCAUUCAUUAAAGGUUUUUGUUGUUUUUCUUUUAAUCAGGUCUGCUCCUGAAAGCCAAGUGCACACUGGAAAAACCAGAAAGUUUGUUGAAUCAAAAGGAGAGAAAAGGUAGUUAGUUUGAUUAAUUAUUGUUUUGAAUUACUUGCAUUGCCCUACUUAUAAUCGACAGACAGUGAAACUUUUAUCAAGGUUUGCUUUGAAACAUAACGUGAUACUAGGAGUGGAUGCAGUUAUAGCUUAUUUUUACAAUUCCUUAGAGUAGUGUGGUCCAUUGGCUUGGCAGGUUUUGUUAAAAUUUCAUACUUUUUAUGAUUUAUUACCCUAAAUAAAAUUUUAGGUCGGACUCCCCUACAGCGAAGAGAAGCCGUGUUGAUGACGACAGUGAUGAUGAGUCAAUCAGUCGAGGUGGACUGGGGAUGCCACCCCCUGACAGCAUUCGUGUUACUCAGGUGAGUAUGAGGGGGCUUGGGGGAAAUGUUUAGGAUUAGGCGCACUUUGAUUUUGUGUAGUGUACCCAAUACCGAACCAACUACAACAGAUGCUAGGUAAUUUAGUGUUAACAACUGAGUUGAAAACGUAAAUUAACUACUGUAAAGGGUAAAAAAGCCGACGUUUCGAGCGUUAGCCCUUCGUCAGAAGAGAAACUUACCCCUUUAUACAACAGGUGCUACCUUUAUUAAGUCCUGUAAAUGGUAUAAGUGAAAUAAAUUUUUAAAAAUCUGAUGUUUAUAACAGGAUUUGAUGGCGAAAGUACUGGCUGCUUCCAGAAACAAGUGACACAAAGCCCUUGUGAUGUGACAGGGUCGUGUUCCACUCUGUUGAUGGACCGGAGAUUCAAGUCACAUCGAAACCAUGCGACCCAUGACUUCACAUCAUGUCCUCUCGCGUUCCAGUCCUUUGCCGGAGAAGUUU